AUGGAGAGGACUGAAGAAACCGAAGAAAUCGCCGAACCUUCUACUGGAUCCAUAAGAUCUCGGCUCAGUCACAGAAGCGAUCCUUUCCUUGUUGUUUGCAGGUGUUUCGGCUUCGUUACUUCUCUCAUCGCUAUUCUCUGCGUCGUCGUCAAUGUCCUCGCCGCCAUUCGCUCCUUCCGAGACAGCCACGAUGUUCUUGAAUUCUGGGCCGGUAGAGGAAUGCUUCAGAUUUUUGCUGCUGUGAUGACAAGAGCUUUCCCUGACUAUACUGCUCAAAGGAAGGAUCUCUUGCUUCUACAGAAUAUCGCAAGCUACAUGCUCCUUUCUUGUGGUGUUAUCUAUGUCAUAUGUGGAGUUCUAUGCAUCGGCUUUCUGAAGCGUGCUCGACAGCAGAAGGAAGUUUCAAGAGAACAAGCCGUCAAGGAUCUCCAGGCAAGAGAUAGAACGACGCAGGGAAGAGUUGGAACAAUUGCUCUUGGAGCAUCGGAGUAG